AUAACGUAAACACGCUCACCUUGGGAGGUGGGAGCCUUAUUAAAACCCCUCACCUUCUGGCUCCUGUGGGGAGUAUUUUCUGCCGUAAAGAAACUACCCAACUCCAGAUCUGGAGAAAACAAAUCAGUUUGUAUGAAGCUGCUUUGUUGCUAUUCUCCCAAACUGAAGCAGCAACUGAAGAAAUGGUGAAAGGGUUUCAUUUCAUUGAUAACAAGUUGGACAAGAGGUUUGGAGCCGAAAAUGGAUAUGUGACAACCACCACUAUAAUACCAGUUCCUAAACAGCUGAGUGUCUGCCUGUGGACCUUUGCUGAGUUUGAUAGAUAUGGAGAGCAGAUUCCUAUCAUUGAGUUCAUGAAGCUCAACGAAACCAUACCACCAUUUAUAUCAAUGAUGUAUAGAUCUGAUGGAGCAAAUAGUCCUAGAAUCGGCCUGGAUGGCAUUGCAACCUUUUACAUGCAGGGAUACCCUGUGCUAGAAAGAAAAUGGCUGCACUUGUGUGCAUCUAUCGAUAUUGAGAAAGAUGAAGUCAUUUUGUACUUGAACGGAAAAUCUGAUUUUAAAUCACAAACUCCAACAAAAUCUAUUAAAAGCAAAAUCUCCAAAAAUACUGAAGUACCAAUGGUUAUCCGACUUGGGCAUUAUUAUUUUGACACGAAGCCCUUGAUUGGUAAACUGGCUGAGGUCAAUGUUUGGGACAGAAUACUUAGUGUCGAGGAACUAGCCAAUUAUUCUAACUGUAUUCCUUACAAAAUUUCUGGGAAUAUUGUGAAUGAGGAAACAAUAUGGACAAUUACAGGAACAUUAAUCCAAGAAGAACUGAUCCCGAAGUCUGUUAUUGAAUGCUCCCUGGAGAACAAGAUAAAAACUGUUUUUGUCACAAUCCCGUACCAGAACUUUCAG